CCCUCCCGCCGCCUCCCGGCCGGACGAUGGAUCCCUGCAGAUCCCGGGGCUGAGAGCACCGCGCAGCGCCAGCGCGCCGAGCCCCGGGCGGACCGAGCCGAGCGAGCAAGCGCGCGCGGGCGGCGGACCAAGCUCAGUCGAGCCGGCCGGGCGGGCCGCUCCCUGCAGGGCUCUGCGCGGGUGCCGCGGUGGCCGGCGGCACAGGCUCCGGGCGAUGAGCCCCUCCGCGGCGCGGCGCUGAGCCCACGGACGGCCUGUGCCCUAGGACCUGCAGCGGCGGCCGGCUUUCCCCAGCCCCCUCAGGAUCCCCUUGGCAAGGAUGGAACUGAAGACCGAGGAGGAGGAGGUGGGUGGUGUCCAGCCGGUGAGCAUCCAGGCUUUCGCCAGCAGCUCCACGCUGCAUGGCCUUGCCCACAUCUUCUCCUAUGAGCGACUGUCUCUGAAGCGAGCACUCUGGGCGCUGUGCUUCCUGGGUUCACUGGCGGUCCUGCUGUGUGUGUGCACUGAGCGUGUACAAUACUACUUCUGCUAUCAUCACGUCACCAAGCUUGACGAGGUGGCUGCCUCCCAGCUCACCUUCCCAGCUGUCACGCUGUGCAACCUCAAUGAGUUUCGCUUUAGUCAAGUCUCCAAGAAUGACCUGUACCAUGCUGGGGAGCUGCUGGCCCUGCUCAACAACAGGUAUGAGAUACCGGACACACAGAUGGCUGACGAAAAGCAGCUGGAGAUACUGCAGGACAAGGCCAACUUCCGUAGCUUCAAGCCCAAGCCUUUCAACAUGCGUGAGUUCUACGAUAGAGCAGGACACGACAUCCGAGACAUGCUGCUCUCCUGCCACUUCCGAGGGGAGACCUGCAGUGCUGAAGACUUCAAAGUGGUCUUCACACGCUAUGGGAAGUGUUACACAUUCAACUCAGGCCAAGAUGGGCGGCCGAGGCUGAAGACCAUGAAAGGCGGGACUGGCAAUGGCCUGGAGAUCAUGCUGGACAUCCAGCAAGAUGAAUACCUGCCUGUGUGGGGAGAGACCGACGAGACGUCCUUCGAAGCAGGCAUCAAAGUGCAGAUCCAUAGCCAGGACGAACCUCCUUUCAUUGACCAGCUGGGCUUCGGCGUGGCCCCAGGCUUCCAGACUUUUGUGUCUUGCCAGGAGCAGAGGCUCAUCUACCUGCCCUCACCCUGGGGCACCUGCAAAGCUGUCACCAUGGACUCGGAUUUCUUCGACUCCUACAGCAUCACAGCCUGCCGCAUCGAUUGUGAGACGCGCUACCUGGUGGAGAACUGCAACUGCCGCAUGGUGCACAUGCCAGGGGAUGCCCCUUACUGCACUCCAGAGCAGUACAAGGAAUGUGCAGAUCCCGCCCUGGACUUCCUAGUGGAGAAAGACCAGGAAUACUGCGUGUGUGAAAUGCCCUGCAACCUGACACGCUAAGGCAAGGAGCUGUCCAUGGUCAAGAUUCCCAGCAAAGCCUCAGCCAAAUACCUGGCCAAGAAGUUCAACAAAUCUGAGCAGUACAUAGGGGAGAACAUCUUGGUGCUGGACAUCUUCUUUGAAGUCCUCAACUAUGAGACCAUCGAGCAGAAAAAGGCCUAUGAGAUCGCAGGGCUCUUGGGUGACAUCGGGGGCCAGAUGGGGCUGUUCAUCGGGGCCAGCAUCCUCACAGUGCUGGAACUCUUUGACUAUGCCUAUGAGGUCAUUAAGCACCGAUUGUGUAGACGAGGGAAAUGCCAGAAGGAGGCCAAGAGGAGCAGCGCAGAUAAGGGUGUGGCGCUCAGCCUGGACGACGUCAAAAGACACAAUCCCUGUGAGAGCCUCCGGGGACAUCCUGCCGGGAUGACUUACGCUGCCAACAUCCUACCUCACCAUCCCGCCCGAGGCACAUUUGAGGACUUUACCUGCUAAGCCCCCGCAGGCCACUGUACCAAAGGCCUAGGUGGGGAGGACUAGAAGAACAAGGGGCCCCCAAGCGCCCCCAUCGACCCUGGGGACUCAACUGCACUCCUAUGCAGCGGUUCCCUCGUCUGGUGAGAAAGGUCUUCACCGUAGUCCUCUCCCUGCCUCAUCCCAUCUUUUUAUUUUAACAAAGUUAAACUAAUAUAAAAAGAGAAAGAGAGAGAUCCGGCCCAGACCUCAGGCUGCCUCCCCUGGCUCCAAGCUGAAUUCUGUCUGUCUGGCUGUCUGUCAUCUGAGUGUUCGCCUACAUUCUGCUCCCAUCAGUCACCAAAGCCCCCUCCUAGUGAGGGGUGGAGGGGAUCCCUAGAGUCUGAAAUUUGACCCCAAACCAGAGAAUGUAUCUUAAGGGAGAGCACUAGUGAGGGGGCUUCCCUAGCCUUAAGAGACUCUCAGCCCACUGACUCCCCACGAGCCCCGGUCUCCAGGUAAGAACUAAAUGCCCAGUUCUGCUCCCUCAAUCAUAUGGAAUCAUGGGGGUACAGGAUUUCCUAAAGAAGUAGAGUGAGGCCUCCAUGUGGCCCUGGUGCUGUAGGCCACAUCCCAGUAUCUGUAAGUCACCUCCACCUCCAAGCAGCCGGAGAGACAUUCUCAGAGGCAGCCCUCUUCUUCAUUCGAUAAAAGACCUGGCUGGUUAGCUUCCAGCUCAGGGAGCGGGGUCCUGGAGCCUGACCUCCCUGGCUUCUCUCUCAGAGGCCUUUGCAGAGGGCCACAUCCAUAAAUUUUCUUAUGGAACGCUCCUCUUCCCCAGCUUCAUUUGCUUCUCCCGGCAAUCUCGUCUGCAUUUUCUAUUUCUAUAUGAUACAGACUCUAUAUUGCUAUAUCUCUGUAUAUACUUUCCUCUCACCCUGUUUGUCUCCACCCCAUCCCCUCUUGUCUCUGAGAAUCAUCCUCCCACCCCAAAUUCUCCCCAUUCCGCCCCACCCCUGUCUCUGAAUGCCUUUGCCUGUAUAAAGAGUUGGACUCCCCCCUGGUGUCUGUACUGUGUACACACAUCCCUUUGAGAAGCACAAGGAGACGACACGCGCAUUGUAACCUUCGCACUGUCUCGGUGGUGACAUAAAGGAAGCUGUGAAUUACAAGCUCUGCCUCUUUCUGGCCUCGCCCUUGGCCCCCGCAACUGGGGCACCCUCUGCCCUCCCCACAGCCUUAACACACCCUCUUCCUAGCUCCAUCUAUCCCAAUGCCCAUAGCGUGGCUGACCGUGGCCUUCCCAGGGACGGGACUGCUGCAGAGGUGACACCUACCCAGGAACGGAGCUAUGCUGGACACUAAGCCAAGAGUGUUAGAGACAGAGGGAGCUGGGGAUUGGUGACUCUUGCAGUGGGGGCAGUGGGUACCCACAGACAGAAGCUGAAGUCCUCAUUCAGUGGCCUUUCUCUCCUCUGGGUGCCCAGUGUCCCUUCCUCAAUUUGAUGACCAGGCCCACCGCUUGCAUUUUCUGGUGAGGCAGGGUUUGGUCACGUGAGGAGAAAGACGGGGAGAAAGAGGGAGUUGAAAGCUCUGCUGUUGUAUGUAUGUCCCUACCUUACGGGGCCACAAGUAGAAGUAGAGGGCAUCCCCACCCCUACCAGGCACUCUUCCCAGGCCAGAGACUCAACCCUUUCCCAGGCCUUCUCUGCCCCACUGUUUCCUGGUCACUAAUCCCAAAACAGGACUUGUGGGCAGAUCACCUGUGUGUGUUGGCCUGGAGCCAGAGAGAGAGGUACAGCAUCUUUGAGAACUCUUGGUUCCCAAGAUUUCUUGAGCCAUCAGACCUCCCCUGA